GAGGGGCGAGGUACCAGACUUUGGAGAGAGGUCUCAUCUGAACCCGGAAUUGGUCCUGAACCGGAUCCCGAGCCUGUUGCAGAGUGGUCAGCAUGCUGCGCUUCCUGGUUCCCCGGCUGCUUUGCCUCCAGGGCAGGACUGCCCGGUACUUCUCAGCAGCAGCCCUCCCAAGCCCAAUCUCCAACCCAGACAUCCGCUACAACCAGCUGUUCAUCAACAACGAGUGGCAAGACGCAGUCAGCAAGAAGACCUUCCCCACGGUCAACCCCACCACCGGUGAGGUCAUCGGGCACGUGGCUGAAGGGGACAGGGCCGAUGUGGACAGGGCAGUGAAAGCAGCCCGUGAGGCCUUCCGCCUGGGGUCCCCGUGGCGCCGCAUGGAUGCAUCUGAGCGGGGCCGGCUGUUGAACCGCCUGGCAGACCUAGUGGAGCGGGAUCGUGUCUACUUGGCCUCCCUGGAGACCUUGGACAACGGGAAGCCUUUCCAAGAGUCUUACGCCUUGGACCUGGAUGAGGUCAUCAAGGUGUACCGCUACUUUGCCGGCUGGGCUGACAAGUGGCAUGGCAAGACCAUCCCCAUGGAUGGCGAGCACUUCUGCUUCACCCGGCACGAGCCUGUGGGCGUCUGUGGCCAGAUAAUACCCUGGAACUUCCCCUUGGUCAUGCAAGGCUGGAAGCUGGCCCCGGCCCUGGCCACAGGCAACACCGUGGUCAUGAAGGUUGCAGAGCAGACCCCCCUUUCUGCCCUGUACCUGGCCUCCCUCAUCAAGGAGGCCGGCUUUCCCCCUGGGGUGGUGAACAUCAUCACGGGCUACGGCCCAACAGCAGGAGCCGCCAUCGCCCAGCACAUGGAUGUUGACAAAGUUGCCUUCACCGGCUCCACGGAGGUGGGGCACCUGAUCCAGAAGGCUGCCGGCGAUUCCAACCUCAAGAGAGUCACCCUGGAGCUGGGUGGGAAGAGCCCCAGCAUCGUGUUGGCCGAUGCCGACAUGGGUCACGCCGUGGACCAGUGUCACGAAGCCCUCUUCUUCAACAUGGGCCAGUGCUGCUGCGCGGGGUCCCGGACCUUUGUCGAAGAAUCCAUCUACGAUGAGUUUCUCGAGAGAACCGUGGAGAAGGCCAAGCAGAGGAAAGUUGGGAACCCCUUUGAGCUGGACACCCAGCAGGGGCCCCAGGUGGACAAGGAGCAGUUUGAACGAAUCCUGGGCUACAUCCGGCUGGGCCAGAAGGAGGGGGCAAAACUUCUUUGCGGUGGGGAGCGUUUUGGGGAGCGUGGUUUCUUCAUCAAGCCUACAGUCUUCGGUGGGGUGCAGGAUGACAUGACGAUUGCCAAGGAGGAGAUCUUUGGGCCCGUGCAGCCCCUGUUCAAGUUCAAGAAGAUCGAAGAGGUGAUUGAGAGGGCCAACAACACCAGGUAUGGCCUGGCUGCUGCCGUGUUCACCAGGGACCUGGACAAGGCCAUGUACUUCACCCAGGCCCUGCAGGCCGGGACGGUGUGGGUGAACACCUACAACAUCGUCACCUGCCACACACCCUUCGGAGGCUUUAAGGAAUCUGGCAAUGGGAGGGAGCUGGGGGAGGAUGGGCUUAGAGCCUACACGGAGGUGAAGACUGUCACCAUCAAGGUUCCUCAGAAAAACUCAUGAGAAUGGUCACCACCCAGACCCAGCCCAGCCCAGCCAUGCUACAGCUAUCUAGACUGGGCGCUUGCUUGCCAAUUUUUUUUUUUUUUU